GAUCCCCCCCCCCCCCCUGUCACACGUAUCAGCUGAAGAGAACAUGAGCUGAACAGAAUUAGGAUUAUACCGACAACUACCGAUUAAUUUUUUAGCUUUCCUACCGAUAACGAGGAAAAGAAUCUGGUCACACUGGCCACAACAUUGAAACAAGGUGAUUAGCCACGGUGGGAUUCUAAUAUUUUUUUAUUGUUUUGCUCAUAUUGGCUUUGAUGUUGUUUUCCAAAUCCAAUCACUAAAACCAAUUCCUAUAAUUAAGCACACACGUUCAGCAAUAGCAGAUCUUUCCUUAUUUCUACAUCUUUUUGACCUUGGUGUUUCAUUAGUUUCUUUUUUCAUUGUAUUUAAUACAUGUCUAACGUCGAAGAGCAUAACCACGAGCAUAACUUUGUGCAAAUCUAUCACUGCAAAUAUGUCAAACAUUGUUGACAAAAUAAACGCUAGAGCGAAAUAUAAAUUCGGCGCCGCAGCUAUAGUUUUCUACAGUUCUUGAUUAAAAAACAAGUUUAAAACAUGUCUGCAGCUUUCAAGUUGAGCAAAAAGAAAUACUCCCAGCAAGAACUGCGUCGUAUAAUGAGUGAAACGAAGGCGUCGAAGCAGCAGCAACAGCCGGCCGGCGAUUCGAACCGAAUCGAUUCACCACUCGCAAAGUAUAAUGAUGCAGGACAGUUAAUGUGCGUUCUUUGCCGGUCAGUGGUACGAUCUGGAGCUGUUUGGAAAGUACACCUUAACUCUAAACAACACAAAGAAAACAUCGAAUUAGCUAAACAACUUAAGGAAACUUCUGUUGAGAAAAAACAUGAGCCUUCUAAAACCAGAGUUACACCCGAUGCACAUUUGAAAAGGGCCGGCGAUGCGCAAGUUGGUGUUGAUAGUGUGCCCGUAAAAAAGAUAAAAGGAAUAUUGAAGAAUGCUUCGGCGCCGCCAAAAGUACCACAGCACGAAUUACCGGACGACUUUUUUGAUGGUGCUGCGACAAACGCUGUCAGUACCGUCCACUCCGCUAUACGUAAGGAUCUCGUCAACAUUAAACUGCCGGAAAAACACCGUGAACAGCAUGUCGAGUCGAUGGAUCACGACGGAGCGGCGACUGUCGAUGCGACUGGAUCGGCGUUAGCGCCAGAUGAAGAAAAAUUGCCCGAAGGAUUUUUUGACGAUCCCAAAAUGGAUGCAAAGGCUCGCAAUCAGGAGUAUAAGGAUCCGAACGAUGAGGAAUGGGAUAAGUUUCAGAAGGAAAUUAAGGAGGCGACAAACGUUUCUAUGGCUAUAAUUAGCGAAGAACAAGAGGAAUCUACCGCCGAACGCCAAAUAGCGGAAAUAGAUGAACAAAUUCGCAAUUGGUCGCGGGUGUUGGAUUUGGAAAAGAAGAAGGAACAAGUGAAAACUAUGAAGGUUGCAAUGCUUUCGGAAGGUGGUGCAAAUGAAUUGAACAAAACAGGCCUACCCAUGCAAAAAGCUGACGACGAUGAUCGCGAUGAUGACGAUGAUGAUGAAGAAUUUGAUGAAUUUCUAGAUUGGAGAGCGAAGAAAUCGUACAAAUAGAGUACAUUACAACGGAGUACAUUGCAAAUGUAAUCAAUUUCUAUUGAACGAAAGAAAGCAGUGGAAGAAACUU